AGUACUCCAUCAGUGUCAGUGGGAGGAAUAGUGCCUCAUCAUUGUGUCCCAUCGUUGGUGUCAGUGGGGGGGAGGAAUAGUGCCCCAUCGUUGGUGUCAGUGGGGGGAGGAAUAGAGCCCCAUCGAGUGUGUCAGUGGGGGGAGGAAUAGUGCCCCAUUGUUGGUGUCAGUGGGGGGAGGAAUAGUGCCCCAUCAUUGGUGUCAGUGGGGGGAGGAAUAGUGCCCCAUCGUUGGUGUCAGUGGGGGGAGGAAUAG